CUCUGGCGAGCUCACUGCUGUCCUCUCUUCCUCCGCCGCUGGCCUCUUUUCAGUUGUCUCCCCUCGGCUCUCUUGUUCUUUUCAUCCACGACCGGCCCUGUGGAUUUUCUCCCCCUCUCUUCGUCUCUCUGGGAAUCUUUUGCAGAGCGGAGCGGCGCUGUCGUGACUCGCCGACAGCCACUGCAAGGGAAGGAGAGAUCUGGAGGAAGAAGAGAGAGAGAGAGAGAAGCUGAGACAGACCAAUCGAUUACUCUGAUACAGAAGAGAGAGGCACUUGGAGAGAAGAGGCGAGGCAGUAGCAGUGCUUUCCCCAACACGCUUUCGUUUAGAAGGAGAUUCUCUUGGACUUGUAUGGGAGUCUUUUGAAACAUUUGAUAUUCAUGUCCUUCCCUUGGAAAGAGAGGACAGCUAAUUGAAGGGACAGCUGGUGCAGUUUUGACACAUCGAGGACUCUUCUUUCCUCCCCUCUUCAGCUAAACUUGCCAACAUUUGGGUCUUGUGAGGAGGGCUGCUUUUGAACGAGGAGUUCAAUGUUUAUCAAGUAAUUGAUCUCCAUUCUGAAUGAUAAUGCUGGACACCAACCAUUGCCUCUCCUUUGAACCCUCCCCACCGGGCUCUCCUCCAAUGGGAGAAGACAUGGAGAAGGCAGGACUGACGAUGGAUCAUGACAGACAUGUCUAUCACAGCCUGAAAGAAGUCCUUCAGCUCAAACUCCAGCAGAGACGUACACGAGAGGAACUGGUCAGCCAAGGGAUCAUGCCACCACUGAAGAGCCCGGCAGCCUUUCACGAACAGCGGAGGAGUCUUGAGCGAGCAAGGACCGAGGACUAUCUGAAGAGGAAGAUCCGGAGUCGUCCUGAACGCUCAGAGCUGGUCAGGAUGCAUAUUCUGGAGGAAACGUCGGCAGAGCCGUCCCUGCAGGCCAAGCAACUGCAGCUGAAGAGAGCGCGACUGGCCGAUGACCUCAACGACAAGAUCUCCCACAGACCGGGUCCCAUCGAACUGGUGCACAAGAACAUCCUGUCCGUCAGCAUCCCUGUGCACUCCCCACUGGAUUCUCCGAAGGGAGCCGGGGGAGAGAGCUCGUCUUUAGACGAAGACAGCAGUGAUGCUCUGUCCCCAGAUCAGCCAACCAAUCAUGACUCUCCUCUUAGUGCCGUCCCUCAGCUGUCCCCGUCUGACGUGCACAGCCAGAAUGGAGACAUGUCUCCCAGACAGUUCAUUACACAGUCCCCUCCUCCUGCACCUCCACCACCACCUCCUCCUCCCCAGGUGAAUGGGUCAGACUCUUCCCCAUUCCCAAAAAUCACAAAUGGGAUGAUGCUGACCUCAGUAAACUCCCGCCCUUCCACUGGACAGGUCAAGUCUCAGGCUAAGACGAGUUCAGACCGCCCUCCACAGAGACCUAAGAAACCAAAGGACAGCAAACCCAAGGUGAAGAAGUUGAAGUACCACCAGUACAUCCCUCCCGACCAGAAAGCAGACAAAGAGCGUCCUCCCCAGAUGGACUCGUCCUACGCGAAGCUCCUCCAACAGCAGCAGCUCUUCCUGCAGCUGCAGAUCCUCAACCAGCAACAGCAGCACUACAACUACCACACCAUCCUGCCUGCCCCUCCCAAGCCACCAAGUGAGCAGCCUCCCACUACCAGCUCUGGCCCUUCCCCUUCCCGCAGCAUUCCCACGACGACCACCCCGACCCCUUCCAGCCAGAGCGGGACUGCCCGUCAGAGCCAAACUGUAGUGGGUGGAGCCAAACCAAGCACUCUGCCGGCCAACCUGGAUGAGUUCAAAGUCGCUGAGCUGAAACAGGAACUGAAAUUGCGUGGUCUGACCGUCUCAGGCACUAAGAACGAUCUCAUCGAGAGGCUCCGCAACUACCAGGAGCAAAAUGGUGCCACCACAACAGUUCUGAAAAACGGCAUCUGUCAGCAGAGCCAGCAGGGCACGACCUCAGCCGGCAGCGGCAUCACAUCCUCUCCAACUACAACAAACACCACAUCCGACCACCAAUCAGGAGAGUGUGGGUUUAAGUUAAACUUGUCAUCAUUGGCUCAGAUGGUUCCAGGGCGGGUCAUGAGAUUUGGCAGCACCAGCUCCAGCCCUCCGGUGUCACCUACUCCGUCUGAGAGGUCUCUGGCUGGGAUGAGUCCAGACGAGACGAGCUGUAAUGGAGACAUGUUUGGAGAGAUGGUGAGCUCCCCACUGACCCAACUCACCCUGCACCCCUCUCCCCAGCACCCGUCAAACCUCUCCCCGCUCUCACAGGCUCUCUCCAAGGUCAAAGAGGAGAUCCAGAGUUCAUGCAGCCUCUCCAGGGUUUCCCCUGCCUCGUGUCAGCCUCCAGAGUCCCUGCCCGGAGUAGCAAUGGACACCAUGGACAAGGACCAGAUGCUCCAGGAGAAGGACAAACAGAUUGAGGAGCUGACCAGGAUGCUGAGGCAGAAGCAGAGGCUGGUGGAGACCCUCAGGUCCCAGCUGGAGCAAGGCAAGAUGGCAGGCGGAAUAGUGUUGGAGAAGGAAGGAAGUGAAAAGAGCAAAUCAUCCCCAGAUGUUAAACUUCAAACUCUGAUAAAAGCCUCCGCCAUCCAGCCCCCCACACUCCCCAAUGGCACUGUGGUGACGGUGAAGAAGGAGGUGGAGCCCGAGGAGGGGAUGGAGGGAGUAACAGAGGAGGCCCAGGUAAAGAAAGCAGCCCAGCCGAUGCAGUGCUCACAGGAGACUCUGCUCAGGCUGCAGCAGAUUCAUCGGCUGCAGGUCCAACAAGCUGAACAGCAGAAACAGACUCUGCUGCAGAGCCAGGUGCAACUGCAGAAGGUGGCGGAGUUGAAGUCAAACCCGCAAAAACUACAACAACAGAAGAAAGACGCCCAAAUCCUGCUCCAUCAGCAGCAGCAGCUGCAGCAGCUCAUCAUACAGCAAACCCAACAGAAACAGCUGCAGGCCCAGCAGAAGUUAGCACAGCAGAGACUCGCCCAGCAGAAACUCAGUCAGCAGAAGCUGGUGCAGCAGAACCAGCUGAAACAGACUCAAGGACCAGUUCAACAGAGCCAGCAAAAGAGCCAGGUCCAGCUGAAGCAGGUCCAGGUCCAGAUCCAGAAGCCUGCAGUGAGCCAAAUCCAGCAGAGGAAGCACCUGAAGGCUCAGCAGAGGCAGCAGCAUAGACAGCAGACGGCGGCUGUAACCACACAGCAGGUGGCUCCGGUGUUCAUCAACCAACAGAAUGGCACUCAAAUGCACACUCAGGCCAUUUCAUUAGACCUCCUCAAGGCUAACGGCGCGCCAACACUGGUCACCGACAGCAAUGGCAACCACUACCUGAUCGCUCUCACCAGUAACACCACAGACGGACAGAACGGAGUGUCCUCAUUGGCCAAAACCAACGGACGCAUCACGCUGCAGAGAUUGCAGUCGACUCCGACUAAACUCCCCAGCACUGACAGCCAAUCGAAAGAGCAGCCAGAGGCCGAGUCUGUGAGCCAACCAAUCAAAAAGGGACAGAAGGCGGGACUACACCUAGACACCAAUGGCGUGCCACAAACCAGCCUGUCAGUCACCGCUCCGCCCAAUCUGCAGCCUUUCUUUGAUGACAUGUCAGACAGCGAAAGCCAAAGCAACUUCUCUUCUCUAAAGAGAGAGGAGGUGUGUCCGCCUUACGACCGGCACACACUGUUCACCCCUCCCUCUCCCAAACCCAACACCUCCCUUCCUCCUCAGCGCUCCAAACAGGAGAACGGCGGCAACAGUCAGCAGAUGGACGACCUGUUUGACAUCCUGCUGAAGAGUGGAGAAAUCCCCGGCUUCAAGGCCAACCCAGACCCUUCCCUCGCCCCCCUCCACUCUGACCCGCCAUCCCCAUCUUCUCCCUCGUCCCCUCUCCACCUCUCCCUUCCCACACCGAAGGACCCCCUCAUUUCCCCUCACCCUUCUAUGGGAGAGCCCUGCACUGGCAGCGGACGCCUGGAGGACUUCCUGGAGAGCACCACAGGCGCCCCGCUGCUGGGCGUGGAGCCCGACGGCGGCCUUACACUGAUUGACGACCUUCACAGCCAAAUGCUGAGCACGCCCAGCAUCCUGGACCACCCUCCUACCCCCAUGGACACGUCUGACCUGGGUUUCUCCCCGCACUCAACGGGGCUUGACUUUGGCGACCCCACCCUGGACAGCAUGGACUGGCUGGAUAUCUCCAUGGUGGGGAGCGCCAGCGGAGGGAGCACAAGCAGCGGAGGGGGGAGAGGAGGCGGAGGGGGAGCUGGCGACGGGGGGGCGAGCCUGGCCCCGCUGGCGCCGCACACCCCACAGAGCGUCUUCUCGACCGACUUUCUGGACAGCACGGACCUGCAGCUGCACUGGGAGUCGUGCCUGUAGCCCUGCACACACACACGGACACGCGCUGGCUCACACUGUGUACAGGCUCUGUCUUUAUUUCAUGCACAUACAGAAACCUUCUCUAUGCUGUCUGUACCACUGCUGGGGUCACUGGCACAUGCAAACACACACAUUUACAGUUUGCCCUGUCUUUCACUGGCUGUUACUGUAUGCAGGAUGAGGUGAAAUAAGAGAGAAACAUAGAAAUGAAAUUCAUAGAGAGGACUUGAAGUUGGUGGAACUGAAGUGAACUUUUGAAAUUUAAUUCUAUGAGGAUCCAAACCGCGGACGGUUCAUUUCCUGUGUCCCAACCUGCAUUAUGACCAGGUUUGAGUGAACCAGCUGCAGGUCACUGUAAUACAUCAUUUCAACCAUUGGAAGCGGUUUGACAGAUUAGAGCAGAGGAGGGACCGUCGGUGGCGUUCACUCGGGCUCCUCAAGAUAGCAGAGAGUGUGUGUGUGUGUGUCAGUGCCUCCUAAACUUUGCACUUAUGCUGAAUCUGAUUGGUUUAAAGGGGGGAGGCGGGAGGGGGCGUUCUGGUGAGGCCGAGCAGAAGCCACCGCGUGUUAUCUGCUGGGCCGCCGGUGGUGCGAAAAUGAAAAGGCAGCUGUUGGCGAGCUCGUCGCCUCAACCACGGCAACCUGAGCCCCACCCGCACUAGUCAAAAAACACAACCGUCAUUGGUUGGCAGUUGCUAUUGGAAUGAACCAUAUCAGUGGCAACAGUUUGAACUGAAGCCUCAUUGGAGGUUGCGUAUUAUUGGUAACAUUAUGGUAGACCACUAUGUAUUGCUGUAUAUGGGGUGUAUAUUAUCAAUUGUCCAUAUGACUAUUUUUCUUUGCUGGUUGCUUUAGAGUCGAGCUAGCCGGCUGGGGAACAUAGGGUGAGGGCGGGGCCUCCAAAAUACUUGGACCUUGUCAUUUUUUAAAGAAAAAAAGGUAAAAAAAUAAAAACAUACUAUAAAAAACUCAAA